CACGCUCACCAUAAUGUCGCACUAUUCGCACCUCUUCCCAACAGAUGAGGCUGAACGCAGCAAAUCCGAAGGCCAUCCCUUCGUACUUCCCGAUCUAUGGCGCGCUUCCUCGCUGAGCAGCGAAGCUCCCGGUACAGGCAGCAUGCUGUUCUCGUUCAACUUCUCUCCUUCACCAGCUGCGACUCCCCCACCACCACGCAAAAGCCAUGAGACGGUCUUCCACAUGCCAUCGGAGUUCAAGCUCCCGCCAAUGCUACCGAACUUCGGAUCCAGUAUAUGGCCUAUACCCCCCGCAGACGACGACUCGUUCUUGAGCGAUCUUACUACUGUCGACGACGAUAAUGUGUUCUCGGAUAUGGGCUCUGACGGGGCCGGGGGAGGAAUGGACAUCUGGCUGGAUCCGGACACGGCGGUAGCGCCGGAGAAACCGAGGUUUUAUACGUGGGAUUCGUUCUUGGUCGAGGGGGGGAAUACGCCGGUGAAUGGGUUUAUUACGGAGGAGGGGCCUGAGUUGCUGGAUGCAGCGUUGGUGGAGGCGGGCGAGGAAGGGACUGUGGUCGCUACGGCGGUGUUUUGUGACUGUUUGCUACAUCUGGGAUUGGGACGCAGCUCCGUGCUGUUUUCGUAUGACAGGAGAAGCCAGACGUUUAACCCUGUGAGGGAGAAGCUACGGAUCUCGGGAUGUACGGCGGGCACGAUAGAGAGUAUCAUCGAGACGUUUGCCGAGUGUGGAACUAAUGUCAAGAAACUGGAACGGUUUGCCCACGUUGCGUAUCAAGAUUCAAGUUCUUUUAGUCCAGCGUUGAUCGCAUUAGCACAAUGCACGACCACCAUCAUAGAAUCAAUUCAGAAACGCCUAUCUACAUCCCGCAGUUCGAUACGGAGUGUACUACACCUGCAUUCACUCAUACGCGAGCCUGCGCUUAUCGUUGACACGUUCGUAAGGCUUACCCAAGCAACGGAAGGUUUCAGCGAUGACUCCCAGUUGCUGUCGCGGCUCUUUGAUGCCGUUCAGCAGCAGCAACAUAGAAGCGGCUGGCUGAAGCCUUUGCUGGUAGAGACUCUAGCAAGGACAACAAGACCGUGGCUGGAGUUCGUUGAACAAUGGAUCGGCCUAGACGAAGGGCCGGGUGGUCUUGGCGUUGCAGGACUAGUCCGCAAGGGUGGGUUCGUCGGCGUCGAGGAGACCUCGGAACUGGAUGAGACUGGGAAGGAGAGGACCGUAAAAAACUACAUCUUUGAGAAAUCCCGGGUGCCGUCGUUCAUCAGUACAGAGAAUGCAGAAAUGGUCUUUGAGAUUGGUAGGAGUUUGAGAUAUCUUGAGAAGUUUCAUCCCAGACAUCCACUUUCUACACCGGCAACCACACAAAGCGCUGCCGCGCCGAGGCUGCAUUGGAAAUUCUCCUGGCAGGAUCUGGAAGACCUCCAGACACAAGCACAGGCGUAUGAGCGGGAUCUUCGUGCUGCGAUCCAGAAAUACACAUUGGCACAAAAAUCGAUAUUCUCGAAAGAUGAUCCAGUGGACCUGAUGGAUGUUGACCUUGUGGACACUGCCACCCCGAGCGGAUAUUCCUUUGAAAUCUUUGGUAGGUCCAAGGAACAGAUGAGCGAAACGCUUGUGGAAUCCAUGGAAGCCAUGAACCGCAAUCUUCCAUCCAUCGAAGCAACCUCGCAAGACUCCUUGGCAACAAUGGUACUCCAUCUUACGCGUGGAGAUCCCGAAUCGUUGCAAUUAACUACCUUUGCACCUCCACUUUCCAUCACGCCCAUCCUGUCAUUCUCCAAUAUAUUCUCAGCCCAGGCCCGUCUCAUCAAUAAAGCAUGUCUGCGUAUGUUCUUUAAAGAGCACAAGGUCCGGCAGCAUCUCCUGCUUCUCCGCCGCUUCCAACUCUUCGGAGAUGGCGUAUUCUCAUCCCGCCUUGCACAUGCCCUCUUCGACGCCGACCUCGACACCACUGAACGUCAAGCAGGCGUGCAAAGAACCGGUGGAACAAUGGGACUCAAACUUGGCAGUCGUGAUACCUGGCCACCCGCAUCAUCCGAACUCAGAUUGGCAUUAAUGGAUGUCCUCACGGAAAGCUUCUCUGGCGAAUCCGGAGUCCACUCCGCCGGCAAGACAGGUGAGCUGCCUGGUGGACUAUCUUUCGCGGUUAGGGAGAUGAGCGACGAGGAGCUGGAAGCAUGCAUGGACCCAAACGGUAUUUCAGCACUGGACUUUCUCCGACUAGAAUACAAACCCCCCUCUCCACUCGAGGCAGUCAUCACGCCUACAGCCAUGUACAGAUACGACCGGAUAUUCAAGCUUCUCCUACGGGUUCUCCGCAUGGUCUUCGUAGUCAACACACUUUGGCGUGACGCCAACUCUCGCUCCACAAAAUGGAAUUCCGUUGACCCCAUCUCCCGCAAAUUUGGCAUCGAAGCCCGCCACUUCGUCACUACGCUCGCCAGCUACAUGCUCGAAUCCGGCAUUGGUACGACGUGGCGACGCUUUGAAAGCAAGCUCCGAGAGCUCGAAAAGGAUCUUGACUCUGGCCGUGGAGGCGCCGGUGAAGACGAAUCCCUCGAUCGUCUCCGCGCAUACCAUGAGAGCACCCUAGACAGAAUCAUGUUCGCCACCCUCAGCCGCAAGCGUCAGCAGCCAGUCAUGAAAAUCGUCGACGAAAUCUUUGCCAUCAUCUUGAAAUUCGCCCAUAUCUCUCACCUUAAGGCCACUGGACAGGAAAUACCACCGACUACCUCCACGGCUCCCGUUGGCGGCCUGGCAUUCGAGGAAGAAGAAACUACCGACGGCAACGAAACAGAGCGGCUGUAUCGCAGCUUUAAACGAAGAGUGGGAAUAUUCAUCAGUGUAUGUCGCGGUCUGAGUGAGAAGCGUGGGUAUGGCGAUGGAAGGAAGGAUCUUGAGGGACGCAGGGGAGCUGUAGAUGGAACGUUUGGGACCGGGUAUAAAGAGGAGGCGAAUUUGUUGGGCAUGCUCCUUCUGGGGCUGGAGAUGAGUGGGUAUUAUUCUGUGGGGGUUAGGAGAAGGAGGUAGUGGAGAGGAUUGAGAAUAGAAUUCGGUCUAGCGUUGUGGGUGAAUAAGACGUGGAAAUUACCGAG